AUGGUUAACCGGAUACUGAAGGCAAAGCUAUUCCCGGCGGAGAAUGACAAACAGGCAAGUAAUACGGGUCUGGAUAUUGAUGGCGAAGUACUUUGUGUGUCCCAAUUUACACUUUUUGGAGAGUUGAAGAAAGGCAAACAGCCAGAUUUUCAUCAAGCCGCAAGCGCCGACACUGCGCGUAGAUUAUACGAUUACUUCUACCAACGCCUCGGCGAGAACUAUAAACCAGAGCGAGUCAAGAAUGGUGUCUUCCAAGCGAUGAUGGACGUCGAACUUAUCAAUGACGGGCCGGUGGGUGUCGACUACCACAGUGAAGAUGCGGCGGUUACGAUCGAGGUCAACACACAGUUACCGAAGAAAGAGAAAGAGAAGGGUGCCGACACCGCAGACUCAUCCGACUCUAAGACAACGGGAAGCGUGGAGUUUAAGCUGCCCGCAGAACUUCUAGAAUAG